AGAACCUCCCUCUGCGGGCGGGGCGUGGGCCACGUGACACACACACCGCCUUCUAUUGGUGGAGCGUCUGCGCUUCGCGUCAGCGGGAAGCGCGCCGUGCUCUUCCGGUGCGGCGGCGGAGGAGGAGGAGGAGGAGGCGGCGCUCGGUCGCUGCUGAGCUCUGUGACAGAACAAGAAGAAACCAUGGUGUGCAUUCCAUGUAUCGUCAUCCCCAUCCUCCUCUGGGUCUACAAGAAAUUCCUCGAGCCGUAUAUUUACCCGCUUAUCGCCCCGUUUGUGAAGCGCGUGUGGCCCAAGAAAGCGGUGGAAGAAACGCCUGCCCCGAAACGAGGUCAAGGAGGCGACACUGGGAACCCACGGGCGCCUUCCGCUGCCAAAAGAGAUCAGGAGGAUGAAUUUGGAGUUUAUAAAUUCGAAAGCAACGGGGUCGCAAAUGGAAUUGCCGCAAAGAGAUCCUCAGAGGUUUCUGACAAGAAAACGGAUUAAAGGAAUUAAUUCGUGAUGAAAUUAUUCCCUUGUGUCCAAUAUGAACUGGUGAUAUUUCUCUCACUUAGAGACCUUUUUCCUUUGCACAUUUUAGCUGAAACAAACACCCCUUAUGACUUACAGGAGAGGGUCUCUUGCCACAAAAAUGGCAGCUAGCGCAUUCUUAAUUGAAAAAUGUUCUUUAUUUUCCUCACUGGAACUAAUUUUCAUCUCUUUGAUGUGAUUAGCUUUUAGGUUAAAUAACUUCUUAAUAAAUCUAGGAAGGUAAAUGUAUCUUGGCAUCUUAGUUUGACUACUAUAUAAUACUUCACAUUUUCACCUUCUAAACUGUAGCUGUUCUUGAUCUUGCUGAAGAACUAGCAAUUGCAUUGUGGGAAUAUAAAUGUCAUGGUUAAUUUAUUAAGGAUUUAGAUUUUCAUGUCAAAUCUGUGGAUGAACUAUAGGAGUUAUGCUAUAUGCAAAAUGUACGGAGCUUGCUACAAGCAGAAAGUCUAGAUUUGAUACUUCCAUGAAUUACAUUGUGCCUUUCUUUCCCAGAUAGGAGCAGCAGGGGCAUGAUGCAUGAGAAUUGUUGCUUUAUAUUCUGUUGCGGUGGUUUAAAACGUUGCAGCUCUGUCUUAAAAACAAUGUAAGUAAAAUCUCUUGCACAUGCUUGUGUUAUUUCAGUUAUAAUAAAGCAGGGUUUUCUUUAAAAAUCAAGUUGCUUCGUGCAACUGUUGUUAGGCUUUUGAGCUAGAAAUAUUUAGAGUGGUACAACAAUAUUAUCAAACCUGUGGACAGGCCCUGGGCAGAUGGAGGUCAUAAAACUAUCUCCUACCAGAUAAUUAAUGAUUUCAUUGAUGCCAAAUGCCUCUGGUGAGGUGUUUUGUUUCCUACUAUUACGUGGUUUUGUCGGGUCUUGGGUGAAUCCAAGUGCAACGUUCACAUCUGGAUAUCGGGCCCGUGUUUCUACAAGAGCCGAAUCACAGAAGACUCCUUGUAAGUCGUUGCCUAAUCCUGUUUGCUCUCCCUUAACGAGCUUGUCAAUUAGGAAGUGAAGUUCGUGUUGCUCUUUAAGCAGCUUUUGCAUCAUCCGUGGAACGUGAUCCCGCGUGCGAUCGGUGUAUCACAGAUGGGGCAUUUUAGACCAGUCAAGUACCUACUCUUUGUGAUAUUAAAACCUGGGUUUUAUUAUUCUAAGCGUGCCUGCAUGGUAUAAGCCAUACAAUAAAAGGUAGCGAUCCUAA